AAUCUUUCAGAGUCGUUGAUUUUUAUUUUAAAGAUUCAUCUUCUUCAGCCAGUUUAUACCAAAGCUCCAUGUACAUUCACAAUUGAUAUUGAUUUGCCAUACGAAGACACAGAAUUAAGUUCUGUUGAUAGCAAUAUGGCUACUGGUAAUAAUAUUUUGAAGCUAGGAAAGAAGAUAACAGUGUUAAGCAUUGAUGGAGGUGGGAUUAGAGGCAUCAUUCCUGGUAUCAUUCUUUCUUCUCUUGAAUCCAAGCUUCAGGAUUUGGAUGGACCAAAUGCAAGAAUUGCAGAUUAUUUCGAUAUAAUUGCAGGGACAAGUACUGGUGGGCUGCUAACCACCAUGCUCACAGCUCCAAACAAGGACAAAAGACCUAUUUACCAAGCAAAAGAUAUCCAAAACUUUUAUUUAGAUCACUGUCCAAAGAUUUUCCCCCAGAAAAGUCGAAAUAACUUCAUUAGCUCGAUAACAAAUUUUGUUGGCGCGGUUAUGGGGCCAAAAUAUAGUGGCAAAUAUCUGCAAGAAUUGACAAACCAGUUGCUUGGGGACUUGACCAUAAAAGAUACGUUGGCAGAUGUGAUUAUACCUGCAUUUGACAUCAAGCUUCUUCAGCCAGUCAUCUUCUCAACCGAUGAUGCAAAAGUUGAUGCUCUGAAAAAUGCUAGGCUGGCUGAUAUCUGCAUCAGCACCUCUGCAGCUCCAACUUUCUUUCCAGCACAUUCCUUUACCAUCAAGGAUGAUCAAAGGACUCGCACUUUUGAACUCAUUGAUGGUGGGGUUGCUGCGAAUAAUCCUACAUUACUGGCAAUAAGUCACAUCCGCAAGGAGAUCUUGAAGGAAAACCCUCUGUUCAAUGAUGCAAACCUGAUGGAGAGCAAGAGCAUGCUAGUGCUCUCACUUGGAACUGGAACAUCCAAGUAUGAAGCAAAAUACAGUGCAGCCACAGCAUCUAAAUGGGGUUUGAUCAAUUGGCUCUUUGACAAUGGCAAAACACCACUGCUUGACAUUUUUUCAGAUGCUAGUUCAGAUGUGGUUGACUUCCAUGUCUCCGCCCUUUUUCAGUCCCUCAAUUGCAAGGAUUAUUACCUGCGAAUUCAGGAUGAUACGCUGACAGAUGAUGCAUCAUCGGUUGAUAUCGCAACCAAGGAGAAUUUGCAAAGGCUUGUGGACAUUGGAACAGAGCUCCUGCAGAAGCCGGUGUCAAGGGUGAAUUUGGAAAAUGGCAGGUUUGAAAACAUUGCAGGGGCCCCUUCUAAUGAAGCAGCUCUAGCUGACUUUGCAAGGCUGCUCUCAGAGGAACAAAAACUCCGACACAAAUCACCCUCAGGCCUCAACUGAAAGUUGACAUUUGUUGACAUAAUGUCUUGUUUGGCCGGGCUUCGUGACUCUUUAUCGUAAAAGUUAAUAAUAUCUACGUGGGCUUAAUGGUCAGUUUUGCCAUUUUCUCAAUUUUAGCCUUCAGUCGUAUUCUGGCAAAUUGAAGAAUGGAAUUGCUAACUGGGCAUUGGCAUAGUAAGUCUAUGAAAAUUUGAAGAAAAUAUGGUCUGACUCUGUCUCUCUUAUUCUCGCCCAUCCCAUCUGUUCCCUCUAUGGUUUUAAUAAUUGCUUUCUUGAAAAGCUUAUUAUUAUUUUUA